GUGGGAUGCCAGUUCCGGAGCAGACUCCCCUGAUGGAGGAGGCACUGCAGAAGAUCCCGCAGGCAGCACCCAGCAAUACUGGCAUGGAGCCUGAAACCACAGCCACUAACAUUUUGGCAUCUGUGAAGGAACAGGAGCUGCAGUUUGAAAGGCUCACCAGAGAACUUGAGGUGGAAAGACAGAUCGUUGCCAAUCAGCUGGAAAGAUGCCGAAUUGGGGCAGAAUCACCGAGUAUCGCCAGCGUAAGUUCUACUGAAAAGUCAUUUCCCUGGAGAUCGGGAGAUGUGCCGGCCGGAGGUCCCUCUAAACCGAGGCUCUCAGAUUCCAGUCAUCCCAACCACUUCUUGAUAAGAUCAGAGCCGGAACCGAUGGCCAUGUACUCUCCUGAGCAAAGCUCUCUCCAUGAAAGUGAGGGGUCGGUGGGAAACUCCAGGAGCUCAACUCAAAUGAAUUCAUACUCCGACAGCGGCUACCAAGAAGCAGGCAGCUUUCAUAACAACAACAUGGGGAAGGCCGAACUGCGAGCGCAGCUUUCGUUUACAGGGUCCAUGGGCAACCACGUCGUGCGGAAUGCCAGGGCGGAAGGCCAGACUUUUGUCCAACCACCACCAAAUACAAUGGCAGGCAGCCGGGCUGUGCGGCGGGUCAGCUCUGUCCCAUCGAGGUCGCAGUCACCUUCUUACGUCGUUGGAUCUGGAGUUUCUCCUUCUAGAGGGUCACUGAGAACUUCUGUCGGAAGUGGUUAUGGUUCUCCGACAAUUUCCGAUCCAAGGCCGCUGGCCACUUCAAACACAUACGCUUCUACUACAUUGCCUUCUCAGAGAGCUGCUUCUCCUUAUACAUUGCAUAGGUCCAACUCGCCUACAGUGGCGCGAAGGGUUGGUUCUGUUAACAGCAGACAGCUGUCUAAUCCUUCAUCUUACCAGACAUUGGGCGGUCCUGCCCGAGUUGGUUCACCAUUGACUUUAUCAGAUGCACAUAGUAGAGUUGGCUCAUCAUCCCAAACUCCUAUGGGAUCCUCUUCCUCUCCAAAGCGGGCUGGUAUGACUGCAGUACCGCAGCACAUGGGAACAUUACAAAGAAAUCUGCAUGAUAUCGAUCAGUACGGACAGCAACAUUUUGACAUCUAUGAAAGGAUGGUCCCACCAAGACCAGAUAGCCUUACAGGCUUAAGAAGCUCAUAUGCAAGUCAGCAUAGCCAGCUCGGACAGGAACUGAGAUCAGCGGUAUCGCCCGACCUUCAGAUCACGCCAAUAUAUGAAGGGAGGACGUAUUACAGUCCAGUCUACCGGAACGCCAACCACGCAGCCAUAGAGCUGAGGCAGGGCUCAAACACGGCAAUCUAUCGGACGGGAUCAGGGUCCAGUAACCUACAGAGGACUAUGAGCCAGCGGAGCACCCUUGCAUACCAAAGAAAUAAUUAUGCGCUCAACUCAGCAGCUAAUUAUGCAGAGCCAUACAGAUCAAUGCAGUAUCGAAUAUCGGAGCCCGGCUACAAUAGGAUGCCGCAUUCAGCGCCCCCUGAUGAUGGCACCACAAGGUCUCCUUCCAUUGACAGCAUCCAGAAGGACCCAAGAGAGUUUGCUUGGCGGGACCCGGAGUUACCAGAAGUCAUUCACAUGCUUCAGCAUCACUUUCCAUCGGUGCAAGCCAACGCCGCCGCAUACCUGCAGCACCUCUGCUUUGGAGACCACAAAACCAAGAUAGAGGUGUGCCGGCUGGGCGGGAUCAAGCACUUGGUAGACCUUCUCGAUAACAAGGUGCUGGAAGUGCAGAAGAACGCCUGUGGAGCCUUGAGAAAUUUAGUUUAUGGCAAAUCUACUGAUGAAAAUAAGGUUGCCGUGAAAAAUGCAGGGGGUGUCCCUGCCCUUUUAAGACUACUGAGAAAAACAAAUGACCAAGAAGUACGGGAACUUGUCACUGGAGUCCUGUGGAACUUAUCUUCCUGUGAUGCUGUAAAGAUGACUAUUAUCCGUGACGCUUUAUCUCCCCUCACUAACACUGUGAUAGUGCCACAUUCGGGCUUCAAUAAUUCUUCUUUUGACGACGAUCACAAAAUGAAAUUUCAGUCUUCGUCGGUCCUGCGCAACACCACCGGCUGCAUGAGGAACCUGAGUUCGGCAGGGGAAGAGGCGCGCAAGCAGAUGAGAUACUGUGAAGGGCUGGUCGAUUCUCUGCUCUUUGUGAUCCAAACCUGUGUGAACACAUCGGAUUUUGACAGCAAGACGGUGGAGAACUGCGUAUGCACGCUGAGAAACUUGUCCUACCGCCUGGAACUGGAAGUGCCUCAGGCUCGAAUGCUGGGAAUAAACGAAAUGGACGGCUUCUGCAAGGAGUCCCCCAGCAAAGAGUCUGACUCCAGCUGUUGGGGGAAAAAAAAGAAAAAGAAAAAAAAGCCCCCGCAGGAAGACUUGUGGGAUGGAGUUGGUCCUAUUCCUGGGCUUUCCCAGUCCCCAAAAGGGGUGGAAAUGCUGUGGCACCCAUCGGUAGUCAAGCCAUAUCUGACACUCCUAGCGGAAAGCUCUAACCCUGCAACGCUGGAGGGUUCUGCUGGGUCUUUGCAGAAUCUGUCUGCUGGGAAUUGGAAGUUUGCAGCAUACAUCAGAGCUGCGGUACGGAAGGAGAAGGGACUUCCUAUUCUGGUCGAGCUGCUGAGAAUGGAUAAUGAUAGGGUCGUUUCCUCAGUCGCUACAGCAUUAAGAAAUAUGGCAUUAGAUGUCCGCAACAAAGAGCUUAUUGGUAAAUACGCGAUGCGUGACUUAGUAAACAGACUUCCCGGAGGUAACGGGCCGUGCGUUUUAUCUGACGACACAGUGGCUGCAAUCUGUUGUGCAUUGCACGAGGUUACAAGCAAGAACAUGGAGAAUGCGAAAGCGCUGGCCGACACCGGAGGGAUUGAGAAGCUGGUGAAUAUCACAAAAGGAAAGGGAGACAGAUCUUCGUUGAAAGUGGUCAAAGCUGCUGCCCAAGUCCUAAACACAUUAUGGCAAUAUCGAGACCUCCGUAGCAUUUAUAAGAAGGACGGCUGGAAUCAGUCUCAUUUUAUCACUCCAGUAUCAACACUAGAGCGUGAGCGCUUCAAGUCUCACCCGUCCUUAUCUACCACCAAUCAGCAGAUGUCUCCCAUGAUCCAGUCAGUGGGCAGCACCUCCUCUUCACCAGCACUGUUAGGAAUACGGGAACCUCACUCUGGUUAUGAGAGAACACAACCCUCUAUGCAAUACUAUAACAGCCAGGGAGACCCCAUCUCUCAGAAGGAAAUGUUCACUGGGUCCAGCAAAGCAUCUCCAAUCUACAUCAGCUCCUAUUCCUCACCAGCACGAGAGCAAAACAGGCGGCAGCAGUCUCCACACAGCUACGAAGACCCGUAUUUUGACGAGCGCGUCCACUACACGACGACUGCAGAUCAGAAUGCGCAAUAUGGACUCAAAUCGACCACAAACUAUGUAGACUUUUACUCCACUAGAAGACCUUCCUAUAGAUCAGAACCGUACCCGGGGUCGCCGGACUCGUGGGUGUAGGACCACUAAGGAGGCGUUUCCAUGAACUCUAUACUAAUAAUCAUGCUUGAUCUGAUUUUUUGAAUGGCCUUAUUUGCUGUUUUGUUUUUUUAUUAUUAUUUUUGUAUUUUUUUUUUUUUUUUUUUUUUUUUUGGUGGUGGAAACUGAAAGUGAAAUUCAGAGAAGGACGACGGAAGAGAAUAUAUUUUCUUACAAUUUCAGAGGGCUUAUCAUGAACAGGAGAAUCAAACUGACGAGGGAUAUCUAUUUUUUUGCUGUCUAGAUUGUAGCUCUUAAUACUCCUAGCUCUGUAGUUUGGUGAUGGUGCAAGCUAUGUGAUAAAAGGUCUGCGGCGGAGAGACGUGAUUGGCGGGGGGAAGAGGUGUAGGUCAAUCUUUUAGAUUUUUUUUUUUAUUAUUAUUAUAAAUGUGAAUAAAAGUCUCGCUGAGAAGUUUGUACAGACGGAGAUGGUUGAAACGAAUGCUUUCUUUCCUUCCUUGCUCAGUGUCCGGAUUGUAUGCUAUUCUGUCUUGUAAAUGAAACUCCCCCCUAUGUAAAUACAGUAUUGCCAUAACGGUUGGAAGUGCCAUCAUUUGUAUUGCUGUGUCAUUUUGAAUCAUUGGAAAAGCAGAAAUAUGAGAUAUUAUAAUGCUAAAUAAGGAAUAACAUUUUUAAAUAGCGUCAUUUCAAAACGGGGACGGCGGAUUCCCGGCGCUGCAGAUGAACGAGCUGUGGUUCCUGCCACAUUCAGUGCCGGGAGUUUGCCAUCUCCGCUAUAACUUAAUCUACACUUUUUUUCCAUUCCCUGCCUCUUUCAUACGUCUCACUGCCAUUUUCUAUGCACACAAAACGACAAAAAUAAAUGUGGAACAUCCACAGAAAGUCGGUUAUUGUC